UCUGACAGUUGACUUGUCAGAGCAAAGCAGUGAAUUGAUUUUUUCGAAAAUGUCGUUUGCGGACAAGAUUACUAUGCUGAUGACACGCCCGGGCGGCGAAAAUGCCCAAAAAGACGAUGUCCCUUGGUGGAUGCGUUACGCUGGAAGAGGCUUAGGCACUGUUGGCAGUUUAAUCGCCAUCCUGCUGGGCGUGUUUAAUUGCCUGGGGCUGCUGACGCUUAACGUGUCCUGCCUGAUCGCCGGCAUCUGGCAGAUGCUGGCCGGCUUCGUGGUGAUCGUCUGCGAAGCGCCCUGUUGCUGCUUCUGCAUCGACUACGUCCAGACCCUCUCCGAUAAGAUGGAGACACGACCCUACUGGAACAAGGCCGUGUUCUACGUAGGACUGGCGCUGCCACCGUUCUUCCUGUGCUUCGUGAGCCUCAGCACGUGGUUCGGCAGCGGCAUGAUCUUCGGCACUGGAGUCAUCUACGGCAUGAUGGCGCUCGGCAGAAAAGCGUCGGCUGAGGAGAUGAGGACGUCGGCGGCGAACCUGGAGGCAGGUCUGGGUCAGCCCAGCACCGCGCCGCGCGCCAACCUCGUCGCCAACGAGCAGCCCGUCGCCUUCACAGGACUCCCUCUGCCCAAGUGACCAACUGUACCGUAACUUGCCCACACCAACACAAUAUAUUGCAAAUAUAUUUAUCAUCUUUCUCAACCUUCAAGUUAUUAUCGUCUCCCAAAAUGUUUCAAUGAAUUUUUGUGUGUUUAAUAUUUAAUCAAUCAAUUACAGUAAUGUAGCUUUCGAAAAUAAUAAUAGAUUUUUUUAAUAGCAACACAAUGACAAUGUCAAUUAUUUGACAAAAAUUAUUAACCA